GUAACCAAACAGAUCCCUGGCGCUUUUUAAAACCAAGAAACAGGAAAAAGAAAAAAGAAAAAAAAAAAGGAAUUUCCUUGCCAAAGAAAGAUAAAAAUAAUGAGAAAAAGGGAAUAAAAUUUAAAAAAUAUAAAAUUUUCGUAGCAAUAGAGUACAUAGACUUUUAACGGUUUUUCCUCUUCGUCCAAAAAAGGAAAACCUCAAAAGAUUUUCCAGUUACCAUCUGUUUGGUUGGUGAUAUUCAUUCAUUCAAUUUUUUUUCUUCCUCUGUUGAUGCUCGUGAUCUCUUUCUAGGUUUUUUUUUUUUAUUGUUUUUAAAAAGAAGGGGAAAAUCACAUUCUUGAUUGUUAUUUUGUAAGGUGUGAAAAGAGUUGAUUUUUUUUUUGUUGGGUUCAAAUGAAGAAAAGGCAAUGAGGAGAGAGGAAGAGAAAUGGAGGUUAGAUCUGAGAAUAAUAUACAAGUGAGGUGCGACAAGAUUUCUAGUCAAGUGAUUCCUAGGACUCGUCUUCAGGUUUGGUUCUUAAGAGUUUGUUCUAGCAUUUUGCUUUGGACUUGUUUGGUUCAGCUUGUUGCCGUUGGUGAGCUAUGGCACCCGCGUUUGCUUACCGGUUUAACCAACCGGAUUUCCUGGAUCAACACUCGCCCUCCUCUUCGUCUUCAACUCUCGCUCCAUUCCCCGCCUCCUCUUCUUCCUCCCAGAAACUACAAAAGUAAUGGUUUUCUCAAAGUUUCGUGCAAUGGGGGCUUGAAUCAAAUGCGUGCUGCGAUCUGUGACAUGGUAACUGUUGCCAGACUUUUAAAUCUCACUUUGGUUGUUCCAGAGCUUGAUAAGAAAUCAUUCUGGGCAGAUCCUAGUGAUUUUGAGGACAUUUUUGAUGUGAGACAUUUCAUUGAUUCUCUAAGGGAUGAAGUUCGCAUUGUCAAAAGGCUGCCAAAGAGGUUUAGUAGGAAAUAUGGGUUUCAAGAUUUUCGGAUGCCUCCUGUUAGCUGGUCAAAUGAAAAAUACUACUUAGAACAGAUUCUACCCCUGUUCAGUAAGUUUAAGGUAGUUCACUUCAAUAGAACAGAUACACGACUGGCAAAUAAUGGGAUCCGGCUCGAUCUUCAGAAACUCAGGUGCCGUGUUAAUUUCCAAGGACUGAAAUUUACUCCUCAGAUUGAGACUUUGGGGUAUAAAUUGGUUCACAUUCUUCAAGAAAAGGGACCAUUCGUGGCAUUGCAUCUAAGAUAUGAGAUGGACAUGUUGGCUUUCUCAGGCUGCACUCAUGGCUGCACUGUGGAAGAAGCUGAGGAGCUAAAACGAUUGAGGUAUGCAUACCCUUGGUGGAGAGAGAAAGAAAUAGUGUCUGCAGAGAGGAGACAACAAGGGUUGUGUCCUCUGACACCAGAGGAAGCAGCAUUAAUUUUGCAAGCAUUGGGUUUAGAUAAGGGGACUCAGAUUUACAUUGCUUCUGGGGAGAUUUAUGGCAGUGAAAGGAGAUUGGCACCACUGAGAGCUGCAUUUCCACGGAUUGUUAAAAAGGAAACAAUAUUAGAUCCAGUGGAACUGCAGCAAUUUCAGAACCAUUCAUCUCAGAUGGCAGCUUUGGACUUUAUGGUAUCUAUUGCCAGCAAUACUUUUAUUCCCACAUACGAUGGGAACAUGGCAAAAGUUGUAGAAGGCCAUCGCAGGUAUCUUGGGUUUAAAAAAAGUAUCCUGCCAAAUCGAAAGAAACUUGUGGAAUUGCUGGAUUUGCAUCAGAAUGGGACACUUCCAUGGAAUGACUUUGCACUAGCAGUAAGGCAAGCUCAUAAGAAACGGAUGGGACAGCCAUUCCUUCGCCGGGUUAUUCCUGACAAACCAAAGGAGGAAGAUUAUUUCUAUGCAAACCCUCAAGAGUGCCUAUGUGAGGGAACACAUUGUGAAGACUUAUUAGGCCCUGGUAACUCAAGUAUGCUAUAAUGAUUGUGGGCGAUCAGUUCUGAACUCGGCUUGAGAUGGUUUCUGCACAACUGUUUCAAAAUGGUGUGGAUGAUAAUCCAGUAAGGUUCAGGACAGAAUACCCCAAACGAUCAAUGUUUACAUGCACUUAAAAAAGAGUUUUGUAAGAAACGGCGGCAGAAAAUCCUCCAGCUCCCAUCUGGGUACCGAAAGAAAGAAAAAAUUUUCCCCUUUGCUUAUAAAUUUAUUUGUUUUUCUUAUGCCUCUUGUUGAUUUGUAUUCAGCACUGUCACAUAAAUCCACAGUUGAAUUAGCCAAUAUUUGUACAAUUCCCUUGU